UUCUUCCCCCCUUUUUAGACGGCUCAACCCCUAAACACAGGACAUAUAGGGAGGGACUGACACAGAGCUGUAGAAAGAUAACAAGAGUUGGUUUCAGGAUGCCUGCGUACUCCACCAACAUGAGGCUGAAGUUCCCCAUCCUGGCCUUGAUUUUGGAGAUUAUCACCAUCAUCCUAUAUGCUGUGUUUGUGACCUAUGAUGAUGGGCAUGGCCAUCAUGAUGAUCACCACAAAACCAAUGGCACUGAAAAAUCUCCUUUGGAUCUAUACCCUAUGUUUCAGGAUGUCCAUGUCAUGAUCUUCAUCGGCUUCGGGUUCCUGAUGACAUUCCUCAAGAAAUACGGGUUCAGCAGUGUGGGUGUCAACCUGUUGCUAGCUGCCUUCGGUCUCCAGUGGGGGCUCCUCAUGCAAGGAUUGUGGCACAUGACGGAUGGCAAGAUUAAAAUGAACAUCUUCGGUAUGAUCAAUGCAGAUUUCAGCACAGCUACAGUCCUGAUUUCCUUCGGUGCCGUUCUGGGUAAAACCAGCCCUGUGCAGCUCCUCAUUAUGACCAUCCUGGAGAUCACAAUCUUCUCCAUCAAUGAGCAUCUGGUGGCUAACAUUCUGGGGGCUAAUGAUGUUGGAGCGUCAAUGAUCAUCCAUGCUUUUGGUGCUUACUUUGGCUUGGCAGUAGCUCGCGUUCUUUAUCGACCUGGUUUGAGUAACGGACAUGAGAACGAUGGAUCUGUUUAUCACUCUGAUAUGUUUGCAAUGAUUGGAACCGUGUUCUUGUGGAUGUUCUGGCCCAGCUUCAACUCAGCCAUCGCUGAACGGGGUUCCCCUCAGCUCACUGCAGUGAUCAACACCUAUGUCUCUCUGGCUGCCUGUGUGCUUUCUGCCUAUGCUUUCUCCAGCUUGGUGGAGCACAAAGGAAAACUGGACAUGGUACACAUACAGAAUGCCACUCUGGCUGGAGGUGUUGCAGUGGGAACUUGUGCCGACAUGCAGAUCCAGCCUUUUGGUGCCAUGCUGAUUGGCUUUGUGGCUGGCAUCAUUUCCACCCUGGGCUUCAAAUACCUCUCGCCAGUCUUGGCAUCCAACCUGGGUAUCCAGGACACCUGCGGUGUCCACAACCUGCACGGCAUGCCUGGCAUCCUUGGAGGAUUGGCUGGCAUUGUUGCUGUGGCUUUGGGAAAAGCGGAAACGGGCUCUGCAGCCAUGCAAGCUGCUGCCCUGGCUUCUUCCCUCGGGUUCGCUCUGAUAGGAGGUGCUAUAACUGGGAUGAUAAUGAAGCUGCCAUUCUGGGGACAGCCUCCAGACCAGAACUGCUUUGAUGACUCUCUUUACUGGGAGGUUCCUAAUGAAGAGGAGGAGAACGAAGGAAGUCUGGCUGCUGCAGAAAACUCAAAGAACAAAGCAGAAGCUUGAAUAGUGGCAUAUUUUCUCUUCUAACGGAAAAAGCAGACAUGGAGAUGCUGUAGUUUCCAGACAAAUUAGUAUAGAAAAAAAAAAAUUAGCACUGCUUUAAUUUGUUAUGGUUUUUACAUGUUUUCUGCACAAUGGCUCUUAGUUAUGAAAUGAUUUUCAGAAAAUUAUACUUGGCAGACUAAGUAACAAGCAAAUAUUUUUAUUUUACACUGAAGAUUUUUUAAAGAAAGGUUUCAUAACUAUCCUAGCAUUCAAAGCAACUUAAUUUCUUCACGGCUAAAAUAUAGAUCUUAUAAGCUUUCUUAUUGUAAUGUUUUUAUUCUAAGGAAAAUACAUGUAUUUUUCUUGCCAAAUGCAUGUCUGCUUAAACACCAGAGGCUUUGAUGUGCUGCUUCACACAGUCCAGUCCUUUUAUGGAGUCAGAGUCUGACAGUUCAGCUCUGACACGAGCUUGGACGGUCGCUUCAUUUUUUUUAUGACUAAUAAACCUUUAUACAUCUUAUCUUGUACAUUUUAGCAAAAAAAAAUCUAUGUUACAGAUUAAACUGGGUUUUAUUUUUUCUGUUAGAGUAAAACUAUUAUUUUUAUAUGUACAUACAGUUUGUUUUUUUAUGGAUUGACACGGUCGGUUUUUAUCAAAGCUAACAAUGGCAGCCGGUACUCUAGUCAUUUUUACUGCAAAUUAUUACUCCUUCCAAGGCUUUAUUUUCAGCUUAUAUUUUACUUUGUUCCUGUUUUCACUGUCAGUUGGUUACUGUAAGAUUCUUUUGGAAUAUGAGUCUUUAAAACAAACUAAAAAAGCAAAUUCCUCACGUUUUACCAACAGUAUAAAAGCUUCUCUUGUUUAAGCAGCAGGGCUCUAUAGUGCUUUUAAUUUGUAUCUGCUUAGAAAUGCUAUACUGAUGCCUUGAUGAAACUGACUACAAAUAGGAAUUAUCAAAUAUAUAGCUUGUUCAUAAUCUGUCAUGCAUUAUGUCUUAUGACAUAUAUUUCAAGACAUUUUGCUUCUAGUUUCUAUGCAUUGGGCAUUUGCUCCUAUAUGUACAAUAUGCUGAUAGACAUAUUAAAAAGUUUUUUUGUACAAUA